AUCGCCUUGGUUUAAUCCACCGCAACAUAAACCACCUUGAACAUAGCAAUUCCACCGCAUUCGAGCCGUGGUCUCUCUCUUCCCACUCUGUAAACUCCCUGCACCUGUCAUACCACUUUCUCUUUUUGCUAAACGCCUUGCUGUGUGACGCAUCUCACUUAAGACACUCAAUUUGAGAGGGUUGACAUCCCAGUCUAACCGUCGCCAUUCUUUAAUUUUUUUUCCCUCUCUCUCCCUCCCAUUCCCGCAUCGCUCACAGUGCCCCUCCUUCUUGGCCCGCCUUAGGCACUCAUACCCCAAAACCAACCACUUUAGGCUCUGCGCGUAGCCAUUGAUACAUCAUGAGUAGUCAGACGAUAGGGAACACCUCCAGCAAUGGCUGGGUGGUGCAGAAGUUCGGCGGAACCAGUGUUGGAAAGUUUCCAGACAAGAUCGCCACGGAUAUUGUCCGAGCAAGCCUUUCCCACAACAAGGUCGUCGUCGUCUGCUCGGCAAGAAGCACAGGCAAGAAGAUUGAGGGCACCACCAGCCGACUGCUUGGCGUGUUUAACAAGCUCAAGGGCAUCGCGGCGCCCACGACGCCCGAAGAGACACAGAAUGAGCUCAUGAAUGAGGCCAAGGGUCUUAUUGAGGACAUUUGCAAGGACCACGUAUCGGCAGUCAAGACUUUCCUGCGCAACCCAGAAUUACAGGCCUCCUUGGAACAGGAGAUCCGUGACGAGUGCCAAGAGCUGGUUGAGUACAUCGUCGCAGCCAGGAGAUUUAACCUCGAGGUCAACUCAAGAUCAAAGGAUCGAUGCAUCAGCUUUGGUGAAAAACUCAGCUGCCGGUUCAUGGCCGCAUUGCUGAAGGACUUGGGCGUCGCCGCGGAAUAUGUGGAUCUCAGUGACGCGUUCCACCAUGAUGCCACGGCUCGUCUGAGCCAGGGCUUCUACCAGGAGGCCGCAGCUGUAUUGAGGAAAAAGAUCACGGCUUGCGAGGACCGAGUACCCGUGGUCACUGGCUUCUUUGGCAACGUUCCCGGAAGCCUGAUCGAUGGUGACAUUGGCCGAGGCUACACGGAUCUCUGCGCGGCGCUAUGCUCAGUCGGUCUGAAGGCGGAUGAGCUCCAGGUGUGGAAGGAGGUUGAUGGAAUCUUCACAGCAGACCCGACCAAGGUUCCUACGGCCCGCCUGUUGCACUCCAUCACACCGUCUGAGGCGGCCGAGUUGACGUUCUACGGUUCCGAGGUCAUCCAUCACUUGACCAUGGACCAGGUCAUUCACGCCUCGCCCCCUAUUCCCAUCCGCAUCAAGAACGUCAAGAACCCAAGGGGAGUUGGCACCAUCGUCGUGCCCGACCCCAUUCUCACAGCCGGCCAUCAGAUCCAACGUUCAGCACCUGCAGACCCGUCCCUGGUCCAAAAGCCAAAGAGGCCCACGGCUGUCACGAUCAAGGACAAGAUCUCCGUCAUCAACGUGCACUCCAACAAGCGGUCCAUCUCCCACGGCUUCUUCGCAAAGGUCUUUUCUAUCCUCGACAGCAACCAGAUCUCUGUCGAUCUCAUCUCCACGAGUGAAGUCCACGUGUCCAUGGCCAUCCACGCCGGGAAUUCAGAGGGUGGCAGCUUCGACAAGGCGCGGCUUGAGCUGGAGGAAUGUGGCGACGUCAGCGUGCUCCAUGACAUGGCCAUCCUGAGUCUGGUUGGUGCGGAGAUGAAGAAUAUGAUUGGUAUCGCCGGUCGCAUGUUCUCCACGCUAGGAGAGCACAACGUCAACUUGGAGAUGAUCUCACAAGGUGCUAGCGAGAUCAACAUCUCCUGCGUCAUUGACGCCCGCGACGCUACUCGUGCCAUGAACAUCUUGCACACAAAUCUGUUCACUUUCCUUGACUAGGGCGCUCGUCUCGAUCUGCCCCGCGCGCUUCAACUGCGCGCGGCGGAAGCGAGCUCUGCUUUUUUUUUUGGAUUGAAGUAUAUAAAGUUUCCCAUGGGUCGGGUCAUCUCAAAACGGAGCAUGAAUUUGCAUUGUUGGAUCAGAAAAGAAGAAAGAACGAAGAGUCUGGGUUGGGAAAGACAAGAUUCCCUUGAUUUAUCUAGAGGUAUAUACCAAAUGCACAUGAUUAGGU